AUGUCCGGUGCCAGGAAUAUUUCAGUCGCUCUGCGAAGGGCUCGUGUGCCCAAGCCUCGCUGCUUGUUCCGCCCUGUCGCUGCGGUCCAGACUCCCUCCUUCGCCGCCACACGCACCUUCACUGUUACCGCCAGCGCCAAUGCGACCAAGGAGAUUCAGUACACCACCAAUGCUUAUCCCAACCUCAAGCGUGACCCGAAGUUCGCCGAAAUCUCUGCCGACGAUGUCAAAUUCUUCAAGGAGUUGCUGGGCGCACAGUCCGCCGUGAUCGAUGGAGUGACCGCCGACAACGCUGAUGAUAUCGAACCCUUCAACAGCGACUGGAUGCGCAAGUACCGUGGCCAGACCAAGUUGGUCCUGAAGCCCCAGACCACCGAGGAGGUUAGCAAGGUGCUACAAUACUGUAAUGAGAAGAAGUUGGCUGUUGUGCCCCAGGGAGGCAACACGGGAUUGGUCGGAGGCUCCGUGCCCGUCUUCGACGAGAUCGUCAUCAACCUUUCCCGCAUGAACCAGAUCCACUCCUUCGAUGAAGCGUCCGGAGUCUUGGUGGUUGACUCUGGUGUUAUCCUGGAGGUAGCUGACCAAUACUUGGCCGAGCGGAACCACCUUUUCCCGCUGGACCUGGGUGCUAAGGGCUCAUGCCAUGUCGGCGGUAACGUUGCCACCAACGCCGGUGGUCUGCGUCUGCUCCGCUAUGGCAGUCUUCACGGUACUGUGCUUGGUGUUGAAGCGGUGCUGGCAGAUGGAACCGUCGUGGAUGCUAUGUCGACCCUGCGCAAGAACAACACUGGCUAUGACUUGAAGCAACUGUUUAUUGGCGCCGAAGGUACCAUUGGCAUUAUUACGAAGGUCUCUAUUCAAUGUCCUUCUCGCCCCAAGGCCGUUAACGUCGCGUAUUUCGGAGUGGAGAGCUAUGACCAGGUCCGCAAGGCUUACCAGGAGGCCAAGGGACACCUGUCCGAAAUCCUUUCCGCUUUCGAGUUGAUGGAUGGGCGCACUCAGAAGCUGGUUCACGAGUCGACUGGCAACAACUAUCCCCUCGAAACCGAGUAUCCUUUCUACUGUCUGGUGGAGACCAGUGGUUCUAACGCUGAGCAUGAUAUGGCUAAGCUGGAGACCUUCUUGGAACACGUCAUGGGUGAGGGCAUUGUCGCGGAUGGUGUUUUGGCUCAGGAUGAGACUCAAUUUCACUCGAUCUGGCGGUGGAGAGAGGGUAUUACGGAGGCCUUGAGCCACUUGGGCGGGACCUACAAGUAUGACGUCUCCAUUCCUCUGCCCGAGCUGUACCAGCUGGUUGAGGACUGCAAGGAGCGUUUGACGAAGCUUGGCUUCGUGGGAGAUGACGAUUCCUUCCCUGUUCGGGCCGUUGUCGGCUAUGGUCACAUGGGUGAUUCCAACCUGCACUUGAACAUUUCUGUGCGGCAGUACAACAAGGAAGUCGAGAAGGCCAUCGAGCCUUGGGUGUAUGAGUGGAUCCAGCAGCGCAAAGGUAGCAUCAGCGCAGAACACGGCCUGGGUCUGGCCAAGAAGGAAUUCAUCGGAUACAGCCAGAAUGAGACGAUGGUGAAGUUGAUGAAGCAGUUGAAGAACUUGUAUGACCCGCGGUCCUGCGGUGCCCGAGGCGGUGACUCGGUAGCUGAUCAUGGAUCCAUGGUUGCCAUGCACUACCACCGCCUGUUGUCUCUGCCGCGUACCAUGGAAGAGGAGCGGCUGCCAGUAGUAGAAAAGAAUGGGGCACUUUCUGGUCACUGGGCUGAGACUGUGAGAGGACGGUUCUACGGCUUGCACGCGACAAAAAUGGAGGACGAUAUGGCAAGUCACUACCAGAUGAUGGAAGAGCUGGGCAGUGGUAGCUUUGGAACGGUAUACAAAGCCAUUGACAAGGCUACGGGCGAGAUCGUAGCGAUCAAGCAUAUCGAUCUCGAGUCCAGCGAAGAUGAUAUCCAGGAAAUCCAGCAGGAGAUCUCGGUUCUUGCCACCUGCGCCAGUCCAUUCGUCACGCAAUACAAGGCUAGUUUUCUUCGAGGUCAUAAGUUGUGGAUUGUCAUGGAAUUCCUCGGUGGAGGAUCGUGUCUGGACCUGCUCAAACCCGGAGUCUUCAACGAAGCACACGUCGCCAUUAUCUGCCAACAACUGCUACUCGGACUCGACUACCUGCACAGCGAAGGCAAGAUUCACCGCGACAUCAAAGCCGCCAAUGUACUUCUGUCGCACACGGGCAAAGUGAAGCUAGCGGAUUUCGGGGUUGCCGCGCAAUUGAUCAACAUCAAAUCCCAGCGCAACACAUUUGUCGGAACACCGUUCUGGAUGGCCCCGGAAGUCAUUCAGCAGUCUGGGUAUGAUUAUAAGGCGGACAUCUGGUCGCUCGGAAUUACCGCAAUCGAAAUGAUCAACGGCGAGCCACCCCAUGCGAGCACCCAUCCCAUGAAGGUGCUCUUCCUUAUUCCCAAAGAACCCGCCCCGCGCCUACAGGGAGAUCAGUACAGCAAUACCUUCAAGGACUUCAUCACACAGUGUUUGACCAAAGAUCCCGAUCGGCGACCGAGCGCGAAGGAGCUUCUACGGCACAAAUUCAUUCGCAAUGCGGGAAAGACGGAGGCACUACAAGAGUUGAUUCAUCGCAAGCAGGAUUUCGAUGCUGGACGAGGAGUGACCCACAAGAUUAAGUAUUAUGCGGAGUCGCUGAAUACUAUUCGGAACCUGAACGACGACGAUGGGUGGAUUUUCGACACGGUGAAAGCUUCUACAACGACUAUACGUGAAGUCGAAGACGACGAGGAGAAUGAGCCCGAGCCCGAGCCACAGGAAGACUGGGUUUUCGACGAAACCGCCGACCUGAUGGACGAUCUUUAUGUGUCCAGCCCUCCGUCAAAGCAUGCGACCAACACAACAGUACGACGAACUCAAGCUCCCGACCACAGCCCAUCAAUUCGACGGGCCAAGCGACGGUCGAGUGGAGUGAAGCAGCCUCUCGGAGUGGAUAUGAGUUUCGGCAACAGCCCAUCGACGGUGCGGCAGUUCCGUCGGGUGUCGGACAACAAGAGCCCUAGCGACGCAUCUUACCCGCCGCAGUACCUUUUCGGAGGGGAUGAAAAUGCUAGUCCGAAGACGCUAUUCUCCGAGCCGAACAGCAAGGAAGCACAACUGGGGCGUCGGGCGUACAGCAAGGCGGUCGGGCUCGCCUGCCAGGAAGUGUUGGGGACCACGGGCGACCAAGAGAAGCGGGAAGCGAUCUCACGGCUGGCGGAGGCCUGGAGUGAUCUGGAGAUGGUCGAUCCCGAGGGACUCUAUCAUAUCCUCCGGGCGACGACGGAGAAGCUACAGAGUGACCCGAAGCUGGCCAGUCUCGUCCCACCCGCAGCUCCACCGGGCGAUUCCCCACAGAGGCCGCGACUGGUUUUGGCGCAGAGCAACCCACACCUCAAAUCCCACCGGCGCCGCCAGAGCGCCGCCGUGGCCGAGCCUAGCCUUCAACCCACCCAGCUUGCAAACCUCCCCGGGCAACAGGUGCCGGGGAUGGAACACACCAAGCAGUUGUCAGACGUGCUCUAUCAGCGUUGGUCCGAAGGCCUGCGCAAUCGAUGGCCCGGAAUCUAG